CGAGGUGGCCCGUGGGCGCCUGGAGAAGCGCAAUUCGGACCUCCUGCUCUUGGUGGACACGCAUAAGAAGCAGAUCGACCAGAAGGAGGCCGACUACGGCCGCCUCAGCAGCCGGCUGCAGGCCAGGGAGGGCCUGGGGAAGAGAUGCGAGGAUGACAAGGUUAAACUACAGAACAACAUAUCGUAUCAGAUGGCAGACAUACAUCAUUUAAAAGAACAACUGGCUGAGCUUCGUCAGGAGUUUCUUCGACAGGAAGAUCAGCUUCAAGACUUCAGGAAAAACAACACAUACCUUGUGAAGAGAUUAGAAUACGAGAGUUUUCAGUGUGGACAGCAGAUCAAGGAAUUAAGAGCACAACAUGAAGAAAAUAUUAAAAAAUUAGCAGAUCAGUUUUUGCAGGAACAAAAGGAGACCCAUAGGAGUCAAUCAAAUGAUGGAAAAGAGUUGGGUAUAAAUGAUCAUGUAGCACCUAAAAUUAUUCCAAACGUGGCUGAAAAUGAUGCAAAUAAGAAUGAGGAACCCUCAAGUAAUCAUAUUCCACAUGGGAAAGAACAAGUCAAACGAAUUGGUGAUGCAGGGAUGCCUGGAGUAGAAGAGAAUGAUCUAGCAAAAGUAGAUGAUCUUCCUGCUGCUUUAAAGAAGCCCCCUGUGUUAGCUUCUCCACAUGAAAGUCAUCAAACAAUCUCCCAUCUUCCAACUGGACAGCCUCUCUCACCUAACAUGGCUCCAGAUUCACAACUAAACCAGAAUGAAAAUCCUGGGAUUUCAAAACAGAACCCUUCAAAUCCUCUUCAGCGCUUAAUUCCAGGCUCAAACCUGGAGCGGGAACCCAGAAUUCAAACAGACACACUAAAGCAGGCCACCAGGGACAGAGUCAAUGAUUUCCACAAAUUGAAGCAAAGCCGAUUCUUUGAUGAAAAUGAAUCCCCUGUUGAUCCGCAGCAUGGCUCUAAACUGGCGGAUUAUAAUGGGGAUGAUGGUAACGUAGGUGAGUAUGAGGCAGACAAGCAGGCUGAGCUGGCUUACAAUGAGGAAGAAGAUGGUGAUGGUGGAGAGGAAGACGUCCAAGAUGAUGAAGAACGAGAGCUUCAGAUGGAUCCUGCAGACUAUGGCAAACAGCGCUUCAAUGAUGUCCUUUAAGUCUAAGGGAUGCUCAAAACCCAAAGUGCUGUGCAUCGAAUCAUCUCUACUUGUCAAUUUUGACUUCUGUUGUAAAGAUCAAUUGUAUCAGUUGUAAAGAUACAUUGAGAUAGAUUUAAGGAGAUUUUAAUGAAGGAAUGUACUAGUGUACAUAUGUGAACUUUUUCAUAUUGUAUUAUCAAAGCAAAUACUUUUUUUGGUUACAACACAGCUGAGCCAAAAACAGUUAAUCUUUGCAUUUAAAGCAAACUAAUGUAAAUUUCACAUUUUAUUGAACCUAAUUUUUUUUUCACAAAAAGACAAACAGGAACAAAUGUUUGUACAGGUUAUAUGUUGCACAUUGUGUAACAGCAAUGAGAAGUUAGUUAUUCAGCUGAAAAGUCUAGACACUAAUACAUUUUUAUUACUCCCCCCAUAGGUAUUCUCUACCACCCCUUGAUUAACACUCUUUAAAGAGUUAUGUUAGAAUAGUUACACACACAGAAAGUGGGGAACGGGAUGCCAAGCCAUGGGCAAUGUGUGUACAGAAUGACCUCCCUGCUCCUUUUAUUUAACUUGAGUGCUGAUGAGAUAGGCCUGAGGCCCGAUGAAAGCCCAGGUCAUCAUAACAAUAUUUAUAAGUUAUUCCUUACUUAGUUCUUGAAGUGGCAGAAUGCAUGGUUGACAAUGAAUUUUUAUUUUUUUCAAGUAAUACCAGUACUGUUUAACUGUAGUCAGCACUGGCUAAAAUUCUUUAUAUUUUCGGAUCUCAGUAUGGUGAAUGUAUUCACCAUUCACAUAUCAGAUCCUGAGAGUGACUAAGUCCACUUUGAAAUGAGUCUGCAAUCAGUACAGCAAAGCUUUUCUGGUAGUUUUAAUGAUUGUAUUUGAUUAGACUUUUCCAGAACUACUAAGUAAGGGAUUUUAACAGGUUUUUAUUAAUAAACAGAUGAAUAGAAGUACCGUGAAGUCUACAACUGUUUUAUUGAAAUAGCUGAAAACUUUGUAAUAAAAAUGAACAUUUGUAAUUAAUGUUAGUUAAGAACCCUCCAAGCUCAUUUGCUAGACUUACAGAAUUAUUUUUAGUGCGUUGUGUCUUUUGCCAUUAUUCCAUUAGAAUGUAUAAGCUAGCUAAUCCUUGUAUUUUUGGUUUCAAGCACUUUUAAUUUGUGUGUGUGUAUGUGUGUGUUCCCUAAAAAUAAAAGGUUUUGAUCAUAAGGGGGGAAAUGUAAGGCUGUAAACCCUGUUUUUUGGAAAGGCUGUUAUUAAUUGCACAUAAACAUGAAAUGGAAAGUGACAUAGCUCAGUGGUAGUGUGAGGCCUAGGUUUGGUUUCCAACACUGAAAAAUAAAUCAUUAUACAUGAAAAGUCCCCACACUAAGGCUCUAUUCAAAAUACUAACCUAUAGAAGAAAUGAUUGUUCACUUACUGAGAUACUGAAGUUCCUAUACUUCAGUCCAAAGUUAUUUAAUGGCCAGGAAAAGAUGAAGUAAUUUAUUAAAAUUUGUUUUUCUACUGUAUCAGGUCAUCCAGUGUUGAGGAGGCAGAGACAAAUGGAUCCCUAGGGCUCACUGGCCAGCCAUCCUGGCCUAAUUAUCAAGUUCCAGGUCCCAGUAAGGGACAGCGCCUGACCCACACACACACACACACACACACACACACACACACACACACACACACACGUUGACCUCUGGCCUCCAUAUAUAUGCACCUACGCCUGCAUACAUGUAACUGCUUGUGCACACACUCUCACGUGUACCAAGAAACCAAACAGUUCAUACUUUUGUUGUCGGUGAAGUCAGGCCUACAGUCAAAAAGUGACAAUUUACAUUAAAAUGUAGGGGGGGUGAUCCACAUCCACAGGGGUGAGCAAGGGGAGCUGAAUCUAUAGUGCUUAGUGGUACUUCAUGCUGUACAGAACCAUAAGGUCUCCUGCCAACUCCAUUGUCAUAAAAACGGUCUCUUGGUGGUGUGCUAGCUAUGCUUACUCGCAAAAAACUUCAUUUAGCAGCCUAGACAUUUUAUAAACUGGGGAAUCUUGGACCAAUUGAUAAUACUUUUGACUGUAUUAACAUUGUAGUGCUAUAAAGUACUAUGUGAUCUCUUUACAUUGUGACAUUCUAUACAGUCUGUAUUAGACAUGUGGUUUUGUUUUGUUUACAGUGUUUUACUUCUGCCUUAAGAACUAGGGUUGUUUGUUUUGGUUUCUUUUAAUGUAUUUUCCAUGAAUUAAGUGUUAUUUUGACAGGAACGCUGCUUUUAAAAAUCUUACUGGGUUCUAAUAAAUUAAAAGUUAAACUUGUUU